CUAGUCUACUUCUGCAACUGCAACUGCAGUCAAGUGUCAACCAGUAUGGCCAAUUCUAAAUUUGAGUACGUAAAGGCGUUUGAGCAACCCGACAAUCUACUGCCAAACACAUGGAUUGUUGUCAGGAUAGAUGGAAGAGGCUUCACAAAAUUCGCCCAGAAGUACAACUUCAAAAAGCCAAAUGACAAACGGGCGCUUGACCUCAUGAACGCUUCAGCAAAAUCUGUCGUAACAGAGUUGCCAGAGAUUACCAUUGCAUAUGGGGUCAGCGACGAGUACAGCUUUGUAUUCCACAAGCACUGUGGCUUAUUUGACCGAAGAUCAGGUAAACUGGUGUCUACAAUCGUGUCGACAUUCUCGGCCUACUACAUCUACCACUGGAACACUUACUUUCCAGACAGCCCUCUAUCGCCUCCGCUCCCUAGCUUUGACGGCAGGGCCGUAUGUUUCCCAAGUGUCCAGAACCUUAGGGACUAUAUGAGCUGGCGCCAGGUCGACUGCCACAUCAACAACCUUUACAACACCACCUAUUGGGCUCUUAUUCAACAGGGUAACCUGGAUCCUCACACUGCCGAAAGAUCACUUGCAGGGACCUUUGCUGCCGACAAGAACGAAAUCCUGUUCUCCAGGUUUGGCAUCAACUACAACAAUGAACUGGAUAUAUAUAAGAAGGGGAGCGUAGUUUUCAGAGAUUACAUACUCGAGGAGCCCCAAGACGGCCAAGGUGUGGCGCAAAAGGUUGAGGCCCUAGUUGAGCCGGUGGCCAAGUCCAAGACGCAGGCCGAAAAUGAGAAAAAGAAGCGGGCCAAAGCCAGGGUCACAGUCGAGCAUCUCGACAUCAUCAAAGAUGACUUUUGGGAUAGACGUCCGUGGCUGCUGUCUAACAAGCCAGGAGAGAUACCCAAACAGCCUUAGAUCCCACUUCAACAGCUACCAGUUCCCAAUCCCUAAAUUCUGACAGUGAUUGUCCGAACUAAUCUUUGUGGCCUUUUGUGCUUCAUGCAAACCGGCUACCACUUGCCGCAUGCUGACAGCGAACAAGGCAUCCUCCGCUUGGCCGGCGUGAGGUUGAUGUGUAUGGAAAUUCCGUAUCGGGUUUGGCGCUUCAGCCUGCCGUGCCUCUCCGGCGUUCCUCUUUUCGUUUCCUCUUUGCCUCCCGUCUUGCUUUCUUUUCUUCCUUUGUCUCGAGCGCUUUGCGAUCUGUCUUUUUUUUCUUCCUCGCAGCGAGGAUUGCAUCGACAUCCAACCCACCGCGAGCCUUCUUCUCCGCCCUCUCGCGCCGCCUCAGUGCCCUCCGCGCCUUGCGCUCGCUCUUGGUCUCCAGACGUGCUUCACCAUCUGGCGCCGGCGUCGAAUCACCCGAGCUGGUCGUCGACGAAGAUAUUGUGCCCUCCAACAGCCCGCCCCUCACGAAUGAAGCGUACAGACCAUACGCCCCCGUAUAUCUCGAAGCCGCGCCGCGCGUCUCGAUUGCGUUCAGCGCACCGCGGCUGACCGUCUGCACGAUGGCGCCCUUUUGGCUCGUCGUGUCCAGACCCUGAAGCUGCUGGUCGAAGGCGUUAAGCCACCACUGGUCGCUCGUGCAGUGCUCCUUCUUGCCUAUCCCGAGCGUGUUGUCCUUGCGCGAGAGUAGCAGGGGCUUGGCGAGACCUGUCGAGUCGUCGGUCGGGUGCAGCGUGUGUCCGUGGCCGCGCCAGCCUUGUGAUUUGAGUAGUGCCUGCGCGUCCAUCUUCGAACCGCUCGUUGUUUGCGGUUUAGUAUUUCUGGGACGCGGUAUCUCGACCGCUUUGGCAACCGUCAAAAUGAAUUACGGUUUUGAUAUCAUUGUAGACCCCUAGCGAGGGGCAACAAUUUCGCGACUUCGCAAAUGUAGAGACAAAUCAUGAAAAAUAUAAUGGUGAACUUUUUUUUU